AUAGGAGGAGGGUGUUAGGCGUCGCCGCUCCCCAGACUCUUGACUUUCUCGCUUUCCCUAGGUGCACGAAGCUCAAUGUUGUGUAUAUCUCUGAUUAAGUUUCCCGGCUGUGUUAUGUGAUGUUAUUUAGAGUGAAUAAGCAAAUGAAUAAACGAUUAGUCAUGUGAAAGGAAAUAGCCACGGAGUCCCUAGCUGACCUGAAUGAAAUCGCCAAUUAAUUUGUGUGUAAUGGGAUUGGUGGACAAGGCGAGAACGUGUUAAACUUGCAAUGGUGCUCGGUUAUCAUUCCCCGGAUAUCAAUGGCCAUGACCAGUGACACUAGUUGAUCCACAUUAUAACAUCUGUUGAGGUUUAUGGAUUGACUUUGAUCAACACACUCCAUUCACAGGGAUGUACUGGUGCGUGGUGGUGAUGGUGGUAGUGUCGGGCUGCGGUUCGAGCCCCCUUCCAGUGCGGGUGUCCGCCCACGCCUCCCACCAGGAGCGCCUCCAGGCCGCCCGCGCCCUUCUGAACGAGUCCCCGCUCAUUGACGGACACAACGACAUGGCGUGGAACGUUCGCAUGUUCCUCCAUAACAAGCUUCACUCCUUCAACCUCUCGAGCGACCUGAGCCAGGAGAAGCCCUGGAUGAACUCUCCCUUCUCCCACACCGACCUGCCCAGGCUCAGGCAGGGGCAGGUGGCCGCUCAGUUUUGGUCGGUGUACGUACCGUGCGAGUCGCAGUACCUCAACACGGUGCAGCUUCUGCUGGAGCAGAUCGACGUUGUGAAGCGCAUGUUGGCUGCCAGUCCUGGAGAGACCACUCUCGUCAGGUCCUCAGCAGGGAUCCUGGAGGAGUUUGGGCGUGGGCGUGUGGCCAGUCUGAUGGGCGUGGAGGGCGGGCAUGGGUUGGCCAGCAGCAUGGGCGUCGUGCGGGCGCUCUAUGACCUGGGUGUCCGCUAUGUCACCCUCACACACAAGUGCCACACACCCUGGGCGGAGUGCUCUGAGUCGGGACGCCCACCACCCAACACCCGCGGCCUCACGCCCUACGGCCAGGAGAUUAUCCGGGAGAUGAACCGCGUGGGAUUGAUGGUGGACGUGGCUCACGCCUCGGCCAGGACGGCGCGGGACGUGGUGGCCUCCUCCCGCGCCCCCGUCAUAUUCUCUCACUCAGCAGCCCGCGCCCUCUGUGACAUUGAGAGGAACGUCCCCGACGACAUCCUCAGUUCCCUGGCGGUGAACGAGGGCAUCGUGAUGGUCAGUUUCUACAAUGACUUCCUGACGUGCGGCGAGGCGGCUUCUAUUAAGGACGUAAUAGGUCACAUCAACCACGUCCGCACCAUGGCUGGCGUCGACUAUGUGGGUCUGGGAGCGGGCUUCGACGGCAUCAACAGGACUCCCACGGGCCUGGAGGACGUGUCCAAGUAUCCUGAGCUGUUCGCCGAGCUGCUGAAGGAUCCGUCAUGGUCUCUACAGGACCUAAAGAAGCUAGCAGGACUCAAUCUUCUUCGGGUCUUCAGGCGAGUGGAACAGGUGCGGGAGGAACUAGCACUGGAGAAGCCGUCCGAAGAUAUCAUCCCCAUCCACGAUAUCGACACUCGCUGGCCUUGUAGGUACAAGUUCGCCAGCCUGGAGGACGCCCCCACCUGACCUACCAUGCCAGCUACAACCUCUAGCCAAGCUGCACCGCCUACUAUAUUCCUGUCUGUACGGGCCAAUCGGAGCUUAUAAGCUGACCCUCUUGUGACAGAAGCGUCAGCCUGGUGGGUGAUUCAGUAUGACCCCAUCUGGUUUACGAGUGACGCAGUUUCCAAACAGGAGGAGACAUAGCCCUCCUGCAGUGUAACAAGCGAAUCACGAUGGCCGACGCACUCUUUCAGCCUCUCCACACGCCUUGCAACCUCUCCAUACGCCUUGCAACACUCCCGUCACAGUGGACCAAACAUGACUUCUCCUAGCUGCAACCUGGACUAUGUUGACAUCAUUUCUCUGGUCUGCAGUAGGUGACUUACCUUAUAAGAUUUCAUUCACACACGGAACAAAUCUUACACACUCUAGGCAUUUUCUAGGGACGAUAUAUAUACAGUUUUAGAACACGAUUAGUUGUUGCCCAUUCUUUAUAAUCAUCCAACGAGAGGUCAUGCUACCGGUACAAGGCUGUGCAGACUACAGUACCUAGAAUACCGCUGUACAUAGUUUUUCAGUUGCUUCUGUCCUCUGAUUUAGAAAUGAUCUGAAGAGGACGACCUUGAAACCUGUGUUUGGGUGUUAAUGACUAUUGUCGUGCGGGCAUUAGGGACUUGUACUGCAUUACCGGUCAAUAAUUUAGUGUUUAUCUGCGACUCAUUGCUCAAGCAUCGCUCUAGAGGUACUAAGCCAGCUGUGAAAGUUAAUGUAGUAGUAUCUACCCAAACUGUAGAGGCAGUGCCUUCAGCUGCAGUAGUAAACACUGCAGCUGUAGAGGCCUUUCAUGCAGCUAUAGUUGUAACCGUUACAGCUGUAGUAGUAUAAUUUACAGCUGUUGAGGCAACGUUUCCAUGCUGCCUCAGCUGAUAUAGGCGAAGUUUCAAUACCUAUAGGAAAUUAACAUUGCUUAGAGUGACUACAGGAAGAUCCUUGGCAGCUGCAUGAACUGUCAAGGCAUAUUGUUGCCAUAUUCCCUACAACUUCUGUUCCCACGUCGACUCCUCUAAAACGUUAGGGCCAGCCUCUAUACCGUUAGUCAGUCCCUAAAGUUCAGAGUUUAUACAGCUCUGCAGCAUUAGGGACAGUCUCUACAACGUUAGGGCCAGCCUCUAUACCGUUAGUCAGUCCCUAAAGGUCAGAGUUUAUACAGCUCUGUAGCAUUAGGGACAGUCUCUACAACGUUAGGGGCAGACUCUGCAAUGUUAGGAGCACCCUAUACAUUGUUUAAAAACAGCCUCUACUACAUUAGUAAUAGUGUCAACAUCGUUACAGACAACUUAUGGAAAGUUAGGAACAGUCUGUACAAUGUUAGAGACAGACUCCAAAACAACAACAGUAGCAACAUCAACAACAACAACACUUUUCAUAAUACUAGUUUCCAAAAUGGCAUUAAAAAAAUUCAGUCUAAGAAAGAAGCUAAUCAUAUUUUUGCUAGGCAAAAUGUAAUCAUUUAUAGGCCUAAUAAUUUUAAUUUGAGGCUUAUACUUAACUCUAAUCGCAAAAAACAUGGCUUUUCAGCCGCACAGAGUACUCACUUUGUUCAUAUAUUCAUUUAGAUUUUUAAUUUGUAUUAUGUAUCUAAAAGCAAAUUUGCCCAUAUAGGUGACUUGAGCUGUUGUCGUGUAAAGGUGGAGACGCCACUAGAUCCAACCCGUUCUCGCGCUUUCUUAGAGUCAAUAUUGACUUAUUAAAUAAGUGCAUAUGUGAUAUACUAAUUUAUUAUGAAUAUUUUAGUUUACCUUGAAAAGCUUCAUAGA